AUGUCUUCCGCCGGCGGCAACCACAACCCUCACCCCGGCGGAAACUCCGACGAACUCCGUCAAUACUUUUGCCACCAGUGCCAACGCACAGCCUUCAUUUCAACCCCCACCGCCGAUCUAAUCUGUCCCAAUUGCAACAGUACCUUUCUUGAGGAACUCGAAGCUCCAAUUCCGAACCCUAACCCUAAUCCCAACCCUAUCCCUCCGUUCUUCUCCCACACCACCGACUUUCCCGCCGCUGGCUUCUCCUUUCCCCUCGUUUUCUCUGGUGGUGCAGCUCCUCAGCCAUUCAAUGAUCUCUCCGCCUUGCUGUCGUCGUCUCCGUCUCAGCCUGCACCUUUUGGCGACGCGUUUAACCCGGUCGCCUUCAUCCAGAAUUACCUUCAGAACAUGAGGGCGGGAGGAGGCAAUGUUCAGUUCUUCAUCAACGACGGCGAUGAUGCGGCUCGUCAGUUCCGGUUUCCCGGCAACGCGAAUCCAGGGGAUUAUUUCUUUGGACCGGGGCUUGAGGAUCUGAUCCAGCAAUUGGCUGAGAACGAUCCGAGUCGGCGUGGGACUCCUCCUGCGGCAAAAUCUGCUGUGGAAAAACUUCCUGUUAUCGAAGUUACCGGGGAGUUGCUGGAGUCCGAUUCGUCGCAAUGCGCAGUGUGCAAAGACACAUUUGUCCUUGGUGAAAAGGCCAAGCAGAUGCCGUGCAAGCAUAUUUAUCAUGCUGAUUGUAUCUUGCCGUGGCUGGAAAUGCAUAAUUCUUGCCCUGUUUGUCGUCAUGAGUUGCCAACAGAUGACCCUGAUUAUGAGCAGAGGGCUCGUGGUGGAGGUGAUUCUGGUGCUACUGGUGGAAAUGAUUCUGUGAGGAGGUUUAGGGUGUCUUUGCCGUUUAUGCCAUUUAGGGCGCCUUCUGCUGCGGGGACAAGUAAUGCUGGGAAUGUUGACAACAACAGUAACAGCAAUAGCAAUAGUGAGCAGUCCAAUGCUGAGAAUAGGGGCAAUCAGAAUUUUGGGUCAGAGACCAGACAAGAAGAUCUUGACUGA